AAUUCUUCCUUAAUAACCUUACCCAGUGAAAUGUCGGUGCCCCCUCAAGAAAUUGGUGGUGAUAUUUUAAUUCAAGGUUAUCCGUCAGAUUCUCAAACUGGACCAACUUUCGUAAACUAUCCAAGCGAUAAUUCUUCCAUUCCCGAUUCUACGUUGAACUAUCCAGAAAUUUCACACGUUGAAAAGUUCACUCAUCAAAACUUUGCAUCGGCGCCAGAUUUAUCCGAACCCAUUCCCUUGCAAACUGAUAGCUCUAAUACCUUGAUUAAGAAGGAUAACGAAAAAAAAGUGAAUAUCAUAGAUCAAGAUCCCAUCAAAGGGAAGGAGAAGACACUAAAGGAAAGAUUCUCCAGUAUCUUAUCCUUAUCGAAUUCUAAGUCCAAACUGACAGAGGGGACCAGUGAAACGACUUCUAGUUCUAACACAGAAGUCUCUCCACCACCUAACUCAUUGUAUUCUAAUAAGAGUCAAACAGAUGCCACUGACCAUAAAGCAGUUGGGGUUCCGGGUAAAUCUUAUUCAGUUAGGUUUCCGGAUGCCAAAACUUUCAAUUAUUUUACAAAUUUUUUUCAAUUUUGGACGCAGAUGUUUCCAAAAGCAAGUCGUAGUAAGCUGGAGAACUAUCGACUCAACAAGGGCAAUAUGCUAGUUUAUUCGGAUGACGCUGACGAAGCUUACAAAUAUGACUAUAAAUACGGAUACGAUACGUCGCAAUACGCUCCUAGCGAUUAUGUCUACAGAGAUCCUUAUUACUCUUAUGAUUAUGGAGGUUAUGACGACUAUGAUUCGAAAUAUACUUAUGACGAUAAGCACAAGUAUUCCUAUGGCGGGGAUGAUUACAACAGUGAUUAUUAUAGUUAUGGAGGAAACACGUAUUACGAUUAUAAUGACAAACGCAAAGGUGGUUCUUCAGAUUACUAUUCAGGCACCUACAGCUCUUAUGGAAAAACUGAUGACUACACCUCUUAUGGAAAGACGGGUGACUACAGUUCUUACGGAAAGACGGAUGACUACAGCUCUUACGGAAAGACGGAUGACUACAGCUCUUACGGAAAGACGGAUGACUACAGCUCUUACGGAAAGACGGAUGACUAUAGCUCUUAUGGAAAGACGGAUGACUACGCCAGUGGGAGCUAUGGGGGCGAGUACUCUACAUAUGAUACUACAUAUGAUAAAUCGGCUAAAUCUUCAGGAGCAGGCACUAGUUCUGAAUAUAGCACAGGCGCCUAUGAUGAGUACGGGAAUGCGAGUUCUGCAUAUGGAACCUACGCGAGUUCUGCAUAUGGAACUGACGCAAGUUCUGCAUAUGGAACUGACGCAAGUUCUGCAUAUGGAACUGACACAAAGUCUGCAUACGAAUCUGAUCCUCGUGGAAUGGAUUCGAAUUUAGUCUAUGGAACUAACCCUAAUACCGCAUAUGGCACAGACCCUAGUGGGUCAUAUGGAACGGACCCGAAUGCCCCAUAUGGCACAGACAUUAGUGGUGCUUAUGGAACGGACCCCUAUUCCACAUAUGGCACAGAUGCGAGUGGCAAGUAUGGGACUGACCCGAAUAUCCCAUAUGACACAAACACGAGUAGCACGUAUGGGAUGGAUCCAAAUACUACAUAUAGCACAGACACUAGUGGCACGUAUGGAACAGACCCGAAGUAUGGGACAGAUGCAAGCCGGUAUGCCCACAACAUGACCACAUAUGGAACGGAUGCAUAUGGGACUGACGCUAGUGGAACAUAUGGGACGAACGUUAGUGGCUCGUAUGGGACAGAUGCGAGUGGCACAUAUGGAAAAGAUACCAGUGGUUACAGUACUUACGCUAGUGGCUAUGGGACUGACGCUUACGGAAAUCCAUAUGGGACCGAAACCUAUAGUCCAACUUACGGAACGGAAGCUAGUAGUACGGCAUACGCGACCGAUGCGACGGGUUACAGUACAGACACAUAUACGAGUAGUGCCUACGACCCGAGUAAAGGGGGAGAUUAUUCAGAUUACACCGAUGGCACGACAGAUCAAUACGGAGAAGAAACUAAUACGAAAAGCGCGUAAAUAUCGGAAAAAUUUCAGAAAUUUUAAAGAAUGUUGUGCGGAAC